AUGAAUUAGGAAUGUGUAGAAUGCCAAAAGAAAGAUCAAAAAAUUAAAGAAUUGAAAUAAAAGAUUGCAGAGUUAGAAGAAUAGAUCGAAACCUUUGGACCUGAGUUUUCAUAAGUUAAAGGACUUGAUGAAAAUUCACAAAAGCUUUUGAAGGAAAACAUACAAAAGGCCAUAGGAGAUUUAAUUGGUUAAGAUCCUAAUAAACUUAAGUAAACUAGAAAUGCAUACUCUUAGAACAAAUUAAUUAAAAGCUCCUUUUUAAAGAACUUAAACAAGCAAUUUGACUGAAUUUUUAAGAUAACCUAACAUUGAUGAAUAACACACUUAUCUUGGAUAAAGAUUUUUUGAACAUUUUCUAAUUAUUGGACCUGAUCUAGAAGAAUUAUAAUAAGUUAAUAAACAUACAAAUGAAAUCAUAGUCAAACCUAAAAUUCUAUAUUAAUUUCCUAAUGUUAAUGAACAUCUAUAGUAAUCAAUUUCAAGUAUUUUAGUGAUGUUGUUCCAAUCUAUACAUUCCCUAAUGGUAUCUUAGCAAAAAAGCUAGAGACAUCUGUUCAUAAUUUUAAUGAUAAAGUAUUACCAGAAUUAAAGCAAAUUAUUAUGCAAACUCUUUAAUUAACUAAAGGAGAUAAUGAAUAUUCCAUAACAAUACCUAGAGAAGAUAUUUAAGAUAAUAGUAGAAUGACUGUAAGUGAAUUUGUAUAAGAAUCCAAUCCAAAUGUCUUUAGGAACAUUAUUUGCUUUGAAAUUAAUGAAUUUAUUUGUUUAGAUCCUAAAACAUAUGGUUGUUGGUUAUGUCCAAUUGUUCAUUGUUUUGUAAGUUAUUACCCAUUUAUUAAAUUCUUUUUAAAGGAGAAUGCUAAUAUUUGGAAUUAAUUAAAAUUAGAAAGAAUUGAACCUUGUCUUAGUGAGACAUCUAGUCAUGAAGUAUUAAAAAGAGAUUUUAUUUAUAUGAAAAAUAAAUUGAAUACUAUUAUAGAUAGAUUAUUUGCUUUAAGAAGCAUUUAAGUAACUUAUGAUUAGAAAUAUUAAUUAAAUGAAAUUUAAAUUCAAACACCAAAAAAAGAUAGUGCAUAAUACUUAUAAUUUUUAUGGGGUUGUGAUUAAACUUUCCAAAAUUUAUCAUUUAAAGAAUUAAUUUAUUUAAUUUCACAUGUUUUAUUAUCUUAAAGAGUUAUACUUUUUUGUAAAAAGAAAUCAGUUCUAUCUCAUAUUAUGUUAACUAUUAUUUCACUUAUGCAUCCUUUCAAUUAUAAAUUACCAUUUUGUAUAUUUAUACCAGAUGAAUUGAUUGAUAGAUUAGCAGCUCCAUGUCCAUAUUUUUUUGGAGUUGUUGGAGAAUAUGAUAAUUAUUGUUAAAGAAUUGAAGAAGCUUAAUAAGAAGAUAUUACUAUGUUUGGUAAUUAAUUAAUUUUAUUUAAGAUAUUAAUACAAAAAGAGUUUAUUUUUCAAAAAAUUAAAGUAGAGAUUUGAAGAAGUGUAUUGCUCCAAUUAAAAGAAAUUCGCAUUUAAAAUAAUUAUAUAGUGUAAUCAAUAAUUCCAGAGAAAAUGCUUUUAAAUAAAUUGGAAAACAUAAACUAUAAAAGCUUGAGAAAUCUGGAAGUUCUAAUUAAAUAUUUAAAGAAAAUGAAAAAUAAUAUAUGCAAUUACUAAAGGAUAUUGCAAAGUCAUUCUAAACAUUUUGGCAUUCAACAGUUACAUAACAUAUUCCUGUUGAUAGAAAAUUUAUUAAAACUGGUAGUAUGGCUGCAUUGAAUUUGCAAUUACUUUCGGAAGUCAUGUUAUCAAAAUGUCCAAAAGAUUCUAAAAGAUUUAUCAAAGAAUUAAUUUAAAAUCCUACAUUUACAGGUUAUUUAGAUGAACUUUAUGAAGGUAUUUAUUAAUAAAAUUAAUGA